AACCAACCCAGAGCCUGCCGUAAACUCAUCGUCUGGAAGCACGUCAAUGUCGUCAAUGCACUGUCGAAUCCGCUUUACGGCCGUACUGCUGAUGCUAACGUUAGUUGGGGACAGAACCGGAGUUGUGGAUUGGUGUUGUUAUUAUUGUUUUAUUAUAUAUUCUUUCGGAUCAGCCGAGUUGGAUAUUACCAAAAUUCCUAUGGGUUCAAAAAGAAAGAGAGCCACUUCUCCUUCAAGCAGUAUUAGUGGAGGGGACUGUGAUGACGGACACCCUGUUUCUGGAAGCAAUGCAGGAUCAAGUAGAAAAAGAAGAAAACUUUCCAACAUUCCAACUGUAGAUCCUAUUGCAGUUUGCCAUGAGCUGUACAAUACCAUUAGAGAUUACAAGGAUGAUCAUGGAAGAUUGCUGUGUGAGCUCUUCAUCAGAGCCCCAAAACGAAG